UCAAGAGGAAACCUGGUCACGCAGACAAUGAGCGCUCAAUGGGAGACCACAACGAACACAUCCACAAGCGACUGAGAACCAUAGAAUCCAGCGGUGAAGCAAAGCAGAAUGCAGCUCAGCCGAAACAACACGUGGAGGAGGCCGAUGCGUUUGAACAUAUCAAACAAGGCUCCGAAUGCUAUGAUGCACAGACAUACGACGUAGCUAGCAAGGAGCAGGAGAAACCUAUUAUGCCUCAUGAAGAAAAGGAAGAGGGUGAUUCUGAAGAUGCAGCUAUGGAAACAGAAAUGGAGAACAAUGAGGAUCUCAAAGCAGUAGAUACAGAGGAGCUGAAGCCAGAAAAAAAAACAUCUACUACCACUAAAACUCCUGGACCAGGUGAAGUGGAGCCAGAGAUCCAGACUUUUGACUCGGAGGAUGUCAAUGACUCCACAACAGAAAAGCUGCCAAAGGUGAUGGAAGAGAAGCCAGAGAGAAGCAAGGACUCAACCAUACAUACAGCCCAUCAAUUUUUGAUGGACACCCCCCAGCACAUUGUUAGAGAUCCUGAAGAGCUAAGAAAGGAACUUGAAAGGCAACUGGAAGCUUGGCAGACACAGCAGUCUGGAACUCCAGAUGAGGAGAAGGAAGCAGCACAAUUGUGGCAGAGGUAUUUAGUACUGACAGCUCCUCUAUCACAGCAGCUUUGUGAACAGCUAAGGCUCAUACUGGAACCCACUCAGGCAGCCAAACUGAAAGGAGACUACAGAACGGGGAAGAGACUGAACAUGCGCAAAGUGAUUCCGUAUAUUGCCAGUCAGUUCCGAAAAGAUAAGAUCUGGUUGCGCAGGACCAAGCCCAGUAAACGACAGUACCAGAUUUGCUUGGCUAUUGAUGAUUCCUCCAGUAUGAUAGACAAUCACUCUAAGCAGCUUGCAUAUGAAUCCCUGGCAGUGAUUGGAAAUGCACUGACUCUUCUAGAAGUGGGGCAGAUUGCUGUGUGUAGUUUUGGAGAGACUGUUCAGCUGCUGCACCCGUUCCAUGAACAGUUCAGUGACCAGUCAGGGACACGGAUAUUGCGUCUUUGCAAAUUUCAGCAGAAGAAAACAAAAAUAGCCCAGUUUCUAGAAUCAUCAGCAAAUAUGUUUGCUGCAGCACAGCAGUUGUCUCAGAAUAUUAAUCCGGAAACAGCACAGCUGCUUUUGAUUGUGUCUGAUGGAAGAGGCCUUUUCUUGGAAGGCAAGGAGCGAGUGACAGCAGCAGUUCAAGCAGCUCAGAAUGCCAAUAUCUUUGUUAUUUUCGUAGUGUUGGACAAUCCGAAUUCCCGGGAUUCCAUUUUGGACAUUAAAGUACCUAUAUUCAAAGGACCUGGAGAAUUGCCUGAAAUCAGAUCUUACAUGGAAGAAUUCCCAUUCCCAUUCUACAUGAUCCUCAGAGAUGUGAACGCGCUUCCAGAAACUCUCAGUGAUGCACUCAGACAGUGGUUUGAACUGGUGACUGCCUCAGACACUUUCUAGACUUUGUAGACAAAAUCAAUACCCAAUUGCUGCUAAACCUCUGAAAUAUCCGAAAUGGCAUUUCAUCGGAGCGUUCUAAGGCCUCUGGCUAACAAGGAUUCACGUGCAGGAGCUGCCCCCUGGCACUCAGGCUGCCUAAGAACAAAAUGGUUCGUUUAGGUGUGUCCUCCCACAUUUGUGAGAGGAGAAUUAUGCAAUGGUGAGACUGUCUUCUUCUUUCAUUGCCUAUUC